GCUCUCGAGGUGGCAACACGCGAAAGCUGUUGGCAGUGAGAGUUACUAAGAAAUCAAAGGAUUUCGUAUCUGAUAUGGAAGUUCCGACUUCAUCCACCGAUUCGCAGGAGGCGAAGCCUAUAAUGCCGAUUAGGACCAAGGCAGCCUGCAAGUUUUAUCCUCCCCAUAUUCUUUGUGGAAUGAAUGCGAAGACCAACAAGCGUGGGAAACGCGGUGGCGCCCAAAGGGCUUCCACAAAGAAAGAUAAGAAAGAUAUUGGAGAAGCUACUCCACCUGUGGCUAAGAAGACCAAAGUGGCCAAGGAGCCAACCGUGCUGGUUAAGGUACCCGCAGCAGCAGUGGCACCUGAGUCAUCCGUGGCAGCAGCCACACCUGAGGCGGCAGAGGCAGCAGUCGCACCUGAGUCAUCCGUGGCAGCAGCCACACCUGAGGUGGCAGCAGCAGCAGUCGCACCUGAGUCAUCCGUGGCAGCAGCCACACCUGAGGCGGCAGCGGCAGCAGUCGCACCUGAGUCAUCCGCGGCAGCAGCCGCACCUGAGGCGGCAGCAGCCGCACCUGAGGCGGCAGCAGCCGCACCUGAGGCGGCAGCAGCCGCACCUGAGGCGGCAGCAGCCGCACCUGAGGCGGCAGCUGCAGCAGCCGCACCUGAGGCGGCAGCUGCAGCAGCCGCACCUGAGUCAUCCGCGGCAGCAGCCGCACCUGAGGCGGCAGCGGCAGCAGCCGCACCUGAGGCGGCAGCCUCACCUGAGGCGGCAGCCGCACCUGCCACACCUGCCUCACAUGAGGCAGCAGCCGCACCUGCAACACCUACCGCACCUGAGGCAGCAGCCACACCUGCUGCACCUGAGGCAACAGCCGCACCUGCCUCACCUGAGGCACCAAGGGCACCAGUGGCACCGGAGGCCCCAGCAGCUGCUCCAGCUGUAGAGGAGGAAGAAAUGGUCUGGGAGGCGGCAGCAGUCAUUGGGGAGGCAGUUGUGAAGCCCCCCGAGGAGGAACCGACCAGCGGAGAAGUAGUCGCUACUACAACCACAACCUAGGCAGAUAGCCAAUAAGAUGGCUAUCUCAAUGCUAGGAAUUCCCCAGAACCCCAGCCCCCAAAUAAAAAUUAACAUAUUGAUGUUAA